CCAGUAGUCAUAAUCUACAUUUAGCUUAAAUGGAACUAAUUUAAUGUUGUUUUCAUUAAUAAAAGACUUUGUCGUUUCCGAAAGUCCUUUAGUCCCUGCCAAAUUAUUAGCACAUCCUUAUUCAUUUAUCUUACUACACAGUACGUACCAUCUAAUGUAGCCUUUUGAUUUAAGAGCACCAGUUUAUGGUCUUGGUCUUGAUACACAUGCUUCACUCGUGGUAGCUCCAGCAAAUCCCUUGAGUCGUUAAUUAACGUUUUCUUUGACAUACAAUCCUUUCAACGUACUUGCGACAAAUUCUGUUCAAUAUACCUACUUUUUGAGGAACAACACGAGCGGCUACGAGAUCAAAACACUUUUUAAAAAGCUCUUUGUCAAUAAAUUUAGAGGAAGGGCUCAUAUUUACAGGAUCUAAUCGCAAUUCCCCUUCCAUAAUGUUUUAGUAACGUUGAAGAAUCUUUGGUAGUAAGUUGUUUUAAAUAUCUCGAUAAAAUCUUCAGGUUAAGCGAGGCUUCUUUAGAAUGUAAAAUUAUUUCAUUAUAAAAACAGAAGUUUCAAAAAACUAUAUUGGGAACCCAUAAGUUCUUACACAACGGCUCACCUAGUUCUGACCCCAACAAUUAAGCGUUUUUACUAUUACAAGUUUUAAUCACUAUUUUCAAAUAAUGGCAUGAUUAUGGAAACAUUCCUCAAUAGACCUUUUUUGUUUACCUAUUAUGAAUUGAAGCUAUUCUUGCCUUGUGUAUAAUCUCGACUUAAUAUAAAGUAUGAGUCCAUCUAGGUUAUAUAUAUAUCUUGUUGUUUUAGGGCAUGAUACCUUUCAUUACAGAUAAUGGUGCAAGUUUCUAGGAAUUGGUUCACCGCUUGGGAAAGUUGUUUAGCAUCUCAGGAUAUCUUAUACAUUGCUCUAAAUAUUGGUCAUUUGUUUACGUUUUUAUUUCUCUUAGGUCUGCCCUACCCUGCCGUGGUAGGCGGUCCAAUUGUUUGUUUACAUUGUUACACUCUGAUGACAAUGACCGUCAACUGUUUUUGUUUUGAUUUAUACAUAUAUACAGUCUUCCUUCUGAGUUAGUUCAUCCUUUUCCAUUCACUGUAAGGAAUCGCACAAAGUAUUCCAUUUUGUGUUUAUAAGUUAAGGAAUCUGUCAACAAGUGAAUUUGUUUAAGAUCAUAAUUGUUCUUGCUCUUUGAUUGAUUGUAUUUUAAAGAACAAUUUCUCUUAUUGAAACUAUACAGCUUUCUCUCCUGCGUCAAUUGUAUAUUGGCAUUUUAUCUACGAAGCCUGCUUGCAUUGUUGCUAUCACGACCAUUGCAUAUUGUUCCUAUUAAUUUUACAUUUUUGCAGUUAUUUUUUAUUCCUAAAAGGAAAGUUUACAAUAUUAAUUACCACCAAAUUUUGUCCCUUAGGAAAAGUUAUUCCAAAUCAUAACAAUGUUGGGCAGCUUGUAUGAAAACAAAAUUCUUUCUGAAAGCCUUUUUUCCUACUCAGAUGUCGCUUCUUCUACUCAUUCAUCAUUGAAUAGUUCGCCCAUUAAGCAGUUCCUUCGACAAUUAUGGAAGGUUGUCACUGUUAAAAGUUCAAAAAAAAUCCAGGAUCCCGAAUUUCCUGACCAACCUGUCGAAAACAUCAACGUUGAAAUUCAUAAUGUCGAUAGAUUCUAUCCAUUGAAAAACAUAUCUUCCAUCACUGAAGCAAUAAGGAAAAGAUAUGAGGAGCCUACAGACAUUGGAACCUCUCACCUAUUAUUCAAUCCUUUUAGUCAUGGUCUAUCAUCAAUUGUAUUCAAUUACAAAAAUUCUACCUAUUUAAAAUUAGGUGCUUCGGACACCUGCAAUGAUAUGUUUGAAGAUGCACAAAUUUACAAACAAGGUCUUUGCACGAAACGCGCUCGCAGUAACAUUUUACUAGCUAUGAAUUACUCUUCUAAGAUUUAUCGGAAGCUAUUUGAUUACUUUAAGCAAGGAAAAGCCCCUUUAUCGGUUCUCGUACACCAUGUGAUGCUUUACGAUUACUACUCUGAGGAAUUUCAGGAUGUGCUAUGGUCGGCCACCCAAUGUCAUGUAAUGCAUCAAGUGCGUUUAAAUCGUGCAAGUUUACUUCAAGCGCGAGCUUGUUAUCAAAAAUUAGGGGACAUUCGCAUGUACUUUAUAGAUCCUGUCGAUAUGUAUGUUCCUCCGGAUUCUUUAAAUUGGUUAAUUGUCUGUACCAAAAAUUUCCAGGCCUUAGUCCAACUAAGACAUACUAUGGAUGCAAAGAAAUUAUUUCAAAGAAGGUCAAAAUAUUUAGCGUUGGCGCAGUUUGCAACCUCAAGCUGUGAUCUGAGUUGGCUAUGUAUGAUGUUGAGCAUCGGACGAAACGCUUGUGCUUUCCCAAUACAUGGAUAUUUGAGUGCAAAGAAAGUCUUGUACCCAAGCAUUAUACCUGACAACGUUUUCUGUAUGAGACAAGUGGAUUCCGUGUUAUUUAAAGAAAUCCAUAGUAUGCAUCAAUUUCUAGAAUUUCAAGGACGUUUGUUUAUGGAUCUCCAAGAUUGUCAGACUUUUCACAGAGAGUAUGAGAUUUACCAUUGCUAUCGAACAGGAAAACCAUUAUACGAAAAUUAUGAAGAAAAAGCAAGAGGCGAUGACCCAUUUGUUAUGAAGAGCUAUCCCAAGACGAAUUUCGAAUUAGCGAUCAAUUCCAAUAAAGAAAUAAUUGAAAAGUAUAAACAAGUUUUUGAAUAUAAAAGAAAUGUUCUUCUCAAACCUGUCCUAGUUGGGAACUUACAAAAAGCCUCAAGAAUUCACUAGUUAAACUGGCGAUUCUACAUAAAAAAAAAAAAUGCCAACAUUUGGCAAUGUUGAUGAUCGUUUUAGUUUUCAUAAAUUUUUUAUGAGUUUAAUAAUGAUAUGAAAUUUUUAUAUUCUUUUUGAA